AACGCGACUGUAGACUUGCAGAUGGGAGGCGGGCAGUGCAACUAACUAGCGUCUUUUUUCCUACCCCAGCAUGCACGGCUUUUGAUUGUUGGAGAGGGGACAGAGCAGAUGCUGAGAAAAGCACUUACUUUACACACUGUAGCUACUUGGGAGCUCUUAGUAAGUGUCUGAGCGCACAGUGUGGCACCCAGUCACCGCUCUGCAGCUGUGUAGCCUAUGUUCAGUGAUCACACAGCUGAAUUGAUUUUUUUCUUGUACUCAGAAGGAAAAAAACUGAGUCACCGACUAAAACGUGCAUAAAGAUUGUGCUAUUUUUAACACCAACAGAACGUGGAAAUUAAACUUUUUUAAAUGAAUCCAGCCUUUUUAGGCUACUCUGGACUGAAGUGUUAUCGAGUUUCCAGCGCAUCGCAGGGCUGAAUCAUUGCUCGUCCUGCUUGUGUUCAGCUCAAACUGUCAGAGUGGGAGAAAAGAGCUGAGUUUGCUUUAAAGUGAAUCAGAGGAGCCAGAGGAGAGGGAGAGGGAAGAGCAAGUAUCCCGCUCUCCCUCUGUGUGUAUAAGUGGGCAGCAUGGUGCAGAAAAUGAGCCACACAGAGAGCACCGCCGAGGCGCUGUCCUUUUUCACCGGGGAUUCGAGCUCCGACUCCGGGGCAUGUAUGGAUCUGGACCCGGCCGCCUCGCCGCUCUCCCCGGGCUCCACAGCCUCUUCCACGGCUGGGGACAAGUUGGGAGACAACCCGGCAUGGUGUAAAACUCCCAGUGGACACAUCAAGAGACCCAUGAACGCAUUCAUGGUGUGGUCGCAGAUAGAGAGGAGAAAGAUCAUGGAGCAGUCUCCGGAUAUGCACAACGCUGAGAUCUCCAAGCGGCUGGGGAAGCGGUGGAAGCUCCUCAGAGACAGCGACAAGAUCCCAUUCAUCAGAGAGGCAGAGCGGCUCAGGCUCAAGCACAUGGCGGACUAUCCCGACUACAAGUACCGGCCAAGAAAGAAGGUAAAAUCAAGCGCAUCCAAGCCUGGCAGCAACGGCGAGAGAGGAGAAAAGCUCAACAGUAGCUCUAAUAACACCAGCACCAAGACAUCCUCAUCUUCGAGGAAGAAUGGAUCCAAAUCACCCAGCAGCAGCAAACCCCACAAAUCACUUUUCGGGAGCAGCAGCAGCACCACCACCAAAGCAUCACUGUUUGCCUCUGAGCACCCAGCAGAACACCACCACAACUCUCUCUACAAGUCCAAGUCUGUCUCCUCAGCAGCUAAGCAGAUACCGGAUGGCAAGAAGCCCAAACGCGUGUACGUUUUCGGAAGCAACGCAGCUAGUUUGAGCGUCAGCCCCGCAUCCUCUGUCGUAGUCCCAGCUAGCCCAACACUCAGCAGCUCGGCGGACUCCAGCGAUCCGCUCAGCCUGUAUGAGGACGCGUCCAGCGGCAGAGAGGAAGGAGCAGACUCCCCCGGCAGCAGCGGCAGCCUUGGCGGGUCUUCGGAGCGCCACGGUGGGCACACAUACAGUAGUCGGCGGGCUUCUUCGCCCACUCCCUCCGGCUCUCACUCCUCCGUCUCGUCUUCCUCUUCCUCCUCGGAGGACGAAGAGUUUGAGGACGACUUGCUCGACAUCAAACCGAGCCCUAACUUCGAUAGUAUGUCGCUGGGGAGCUUCGGCUCCUCGGUUUUGGACAGGGACUGGGAUUUGAACUGUGAGUCCAUCUCCGGAGGGUCCCACUUCGAGUUUCCCGACUACUGCACGCCCGAGGUCAGCGAGAUGAUCUCCGGGGACUGGCUGGAGUCCACCAUCUCCAACCUGGUCUUCACGUACUGAGUUGCUAAAUGCAGCUACAUGACCACAAACAGAAACAGGGGUUCCUGCAACAGUGGGCGCAAUAGUUUGUAUUUCAUCGGACUAGUAAAACCCCACUGAAACUGCCCCCCGUCCCUUAAUUAUUGCCCAUAAAGGCAAGAGCUGCAAAUCCUUGGAAAGCUAAACUUUGAAGCGAAUAACUUGCUUUUUUGUGACUGUUCUUUGGAUGCGUGGACUGAGGGACUCGGUACAACCACGGAAAGUGGAGGGAGUGCAAAAACGAGAGGAGAGAAAAGGAGAGCCUGGCUGAGUUUUCUGACGCUCAGUCCUGGACUGUUUUUAACUGAAUAACUUAACUGUGAUUGAUUUGCACGUUACGCGGUCCGCCGUUCACUUAAUGUUGUCGCUGAUUUGAGAAAAAAAAAGGGACAUUUCACAACUUUUUACCAAUCGCCAAGUGAACUUCACCACUAAAUAAAGGUACAAAAUAGGACUGCCGUGCGAUAUUUUUAAAUCGUGGUUUCAUCGAGAGGCAUUUUUAAUAAAACUGAGGUGGGUUGAUGUUUUUCUUAAAAGUCGACUAUUUUCUCAAAAGCAAAAAACAUGUUAAGCAUGAUAGCCUACUUUGUUCCUACUUUGUGCUGAGAUUUUCUGUGAGACUGUUUUGAGCAGUUUGAAAACUAGUAUUAGGGUUAUUUAAAUGGAUAGGUGGCGCUCACUUCGGUUCUUUUUUUUGGGGGGGGGGGGGACGUUGAAAUAAUCACCAGCUGUUGUAAUUUUUCAGACUUCAGGAUUCAAACGCAACUUCAACUCUGUGCUGAACUUUAUACACAUUUACUCUAUGAUUCAGGACCAAAAUUCUGUAUUGUUAAUUUCAGAUGAUAGCUAUAGACGUCAUCGCCGACUUUUUCACCCUCUGAGCUUUGUUUUGUACAUGUAUUCAGAUGUCAUUUUAUAUGGGAUGUUGUAUUUAUAUACUGGGCCAAACAUUAUUUUGUUUUUAUAUCAUGUACACAUGAUCUAGUCGUUUUUUCUUACACGGUUGUUUGUCAGUAUGUCUGUGUCUGCCACAUUUCCUUCUCAGGCGAAGGGCUAGAGUUUUAAAAACACACAACUUUUGAUUUCUUUUUUAUAUUUAAAUGUACACACUUUUGGACACUUAAAAGAGAGGAAACAGUUUGAUUAUUUUCUCAUUGUAUUUUUGUACAAAUCUAUAUGGAAAAUGGGGGAGACAACAAUCGGUGUGUGUAGCCUACUAAUACAGCUGUAUUGGAUUUCCUUGUUUUUAAUACCCAGGCAGGCUGGUUUUCAUGCUGCCUUCAAGUGCUUAUGGUAAGCUCGUAUACCCUAAAGACUCUGCUGCCUGAUGAUAUUCUUUUCUACGAACAAACAGCAGGACAGACCUUGUAAUACUGUGGUGCCUACUAUAUUUUCCUUUUCUACUUUUAAGAUUAAAAAACACCUUGCCACUUUUUGAUGGGGGUGAGGAGCUAAUCUGAAUCAGGUGUGUAAUUCGUGUUUAAAUUCACAAAACAAGAAAACUUAAUAUCACUUUUACUAGCAAAUAUACUUAAGACGUUUUUGGUGUCCAGUUCCUGAACAUCUGCAGUACAAGUACAACCUACUAUAAGUUAAAAGGACGUCAUUACGUUUUUCCCGAUAGCACUUGAAAGCAGCACCAGUCUUGCUAUCUGCCUCUCAGCCCCUUCUACGUUUACAGUGCCAGACUGCAGUCUUCUUAAAGACACAGGAACACAUUAAUUUUGGAGGCUGUUCCUUUGGACCACGUGGGUUUAACAGCAUCAGUAUCUUAAGCAGCCACUUGCUUCUGCAUUUCAUGUCAGGUGUCUUGCCUGUGACAACAAUGAGGAGAUUGUAGCUUUAAAUUGGACUUUUCUCUUGAUGUUUUCAUUAACUGAUGUCACAUUUGCCAAUCAACUACUGGAUUGAACUGGUUAUUGAUAUUGCUACAAGGAUGAUAACAUCAAGCAUAUUCAAAUUUCUGACUUGAGUUCCGCAACACCUACUUGUACUGCGUUUCUCAUUGUAUUUGAAUAUAUAAUCUUUUCUACUUGUGGCUAACUAUUAGCUAAUAAUUGUUUUAGUAUCUUUAUGGCAUGGUGAAUAGCAUUUGUAUUUCAGAUUCAGGUUAUUAGCUGUUGUGUUUUUCAGAAAAAAAUGGAAAAAAUGAGGAAAAACGUUGAAACGUGAACUUGAUCUUUGUAUAUUUGACUGUACCAUAAAAGCAAAAAAGAUUGUGUGUUUAUGUAUGUUGUUGCUAUCGAGGACAGGCACUGUCUGGGACUGCUAUCUUUUACACAUCUUACUUACAUUUAAGGUGGUCAGUUCAGACUGUUUUUUUUAUAUAUAAAUAUAAAUAUAUGAAAGCAUUUUUAAAUAUAUUAACUUUAUUUUCCAUCCAUCCUGUGCAAUAUGCUGUGUAGAAUUAUCAUUUAAUGUCUCUAUUCAUGCCAUAAACAAAUGAACCACCCUUUUUUUGAGACUUUGGUGAAAGGGAGAGGUGACUCAUGCCAGCUAAAUUGUGUCCAUUCACUGCCUGUCAGAUUGUUGAUACAAACUUGUGUACAGAACUUUUUCAAGGAAGGAAAUAAAUAUCAGCUGGAACUGAAA